CCUACCAGCUACUCAGAACGCAUCAUCUUUCUCAUUCUCAAACUUUUAUUGUGGAAAUUCCUUUACAGCAAAUCAGAAAGAGACGCUCCGAGUGAAUCUCAACCAAUCACAGUGUGAUGUUUCCUACAGGUCAGAGUGGAUCUGCACGCUGUGUCAGGACCUGUUCAACAGCUCAGACCCCUUCAGCUCUGACAGACCACCGAGACCUCAGAGUCCUUGUCUCAGUCUGUGGGACCAGAGGAGGUGUGAGAGGCUGCUGCUGUACCUGAAGGUUGAAGGCUGCACUCGACUGUCUCAGUCUCAGCUGAUCUUGAUGUCGGAGCGUCUGUCUCUCCGUCGUUCUCCUUGGUAUCAAACAGCUGCAGAGUUUCUCUGUGACAUCUGGAGUCUGUUUGAAGACGCCUCGCAGGAUGACAACGUUCUGAACAGACUGCAGGAGAAUAUCUGGAGCCGUUUCGCUGCAGAACUGAUGUCGCCGAGCAGCAGAGACACAAAUGGAGGGAAACCUACCGUCGGACCGCUGGUCAACUCCAACAUGUCAGACGGACUACAGGCCGCUGAGGGCCUAAAGGGGCCAAAAGUCGUAUCGGAGGAACAAGAAGUGACCAUCACCAAAGUGAAGGAGACGAGGAAGAGGCUGAGACACCUUCUGGAAGCGUCAUGGUUCAAGAGGAGGAAGAUGGAGGACAAAACACCACCCGGGAGUUCUGGCGAUGUUGAAUGUGAUUUCUCUUACUGUGAAGCUGCAAAGUCAAUGUGGAUUCAUUGAAUUGAUUUUUGUAUUUAUUUAUUUGUACAAUUUUACCAUUUUCUUCUGUAAUAAAUAUUGUUUAAAAUAAGUUAGUUUGUCUGAGUUAUAGUUUUUAUCUUUUGUUUUUUUAAAUGAGGUAAUGACAGUUUGUAUGAGCAUCAUAAAAACAUGUUUUUAGUUCAUUUCACUCGUUUUCAACUCUUACAACAUUAGUCGGAGUGUAACAUCACUCACAGUCUAACAACAGUCAGAGUGUAACAUCACUCAGUCUAACAACAGUCAGAGUGUAACAUCACUCAGUCUAACAACAGUCAGAGUGUAACAUCACUCAGUCUAACAACAGUCAGAGUGUAACAUCACUCAGUCUAACAGUCAGAGUGUAACAUCACUCACAGUCGGAGUGUAACAUCACUCAGUCUAACAGUCGAAGUGUAACAUCACUCAGUCUAACAGUCACAGUGUAACAUCACUCACAGUCGGAGUGUAACAUCACACAGUCUAACAGUCGAAGUGUAACAUCACUCACAGUCUAACAACAGUCAGAGUGUAACAUCACUCAGUCUAACAGUCGGAGUGUAACAUCACUCAGUCUAACAAAAGUUGGUGUAACAUCACUCAGUCUAACAGUCGGCGUGUAACAAUCGAAUUGUAACAGUAGUCGUAGUGUAAUAAGUCUGAUUGUAACAGUCGGACUGUAGUUACCGUUGGGAUGAACCGUACAAUCUAAAGACAUUCAAUCAGCAUCGGCUGGACACUGUUUUUACUGAUAGUACGCUAAUGUCAGCAUGCUAACACACUAAACAUACCUGCUAAACUUUAGCAUGUUAGCAUUUUCAUUGUAAGCAAACUUUGGUGCUGCUCCUCAGAGGAUGAUCCUUGAAACUGAAGAUACCGGUUGUAAUGCAGCCUGUAGGGGGCGCUGACUGUCGUUCUUUAAUCAACACGUUAGUCGAUAAAAAACGUUUAGUUAUUGAUCCUCAGUUUGUUUCUUGGAGCUCUGAUUAAAAAUGUUUCGAUAUUUCGAUCACAUCUGAUAUUCAGUAAAUAAAAACAUUUAAGAAUAUUUAAACAUGCAGAUGUUGAUCAAACAUCCGUUUUUAACUUUGUUACAAACAAACUGAAGUGAAGCUGCAGAUCCCAAAAGCUUUAUUGAAACAUGUUGAUGCAGAGACACAAACAGCUGUUAGAUUAUAAAUAUUAGAAUAUAUUGGAAUUUAUAUUUGUUAAAUGUUUGACUUUAAACUACAGAUGAAUCAAAUAUAUGUUUUAAUCUUUAAGGAACAUUCUCUUCUCAACCAAAACAUCACGUUCUUCAUCACAUCUCUCAACAAGAACAGAAUUUUUAGAUCCAACGGUAAAGAAGAAGAAGACGAAGAAGAAGGAAAGAAGGAGAAGAAGAAGACUUCAUCACAGUAAACUGACAUCAGUAAGUCUACACGCUUCCUUCUCAAACUACGGUGGCACUGAGGGGGAAAUAACAUUUGAAAGCUUUCAGCCACAUCUCAUGGACUUCAUCAGUGGAUGUUUCGAUGACCGUGUGAUGGAUGUAGGCCAAGAGAAGUGGCUGAAAGCUCUGGAAAAAACAAGUAACUCUUUUCUCCUCGAGGUCAACAUUUUUAAAGUCGAUGUAUGUAUUAUUUUAAUUUUUUUAUGUAUAUAUUAAUUCUUGAAGUGAAAGUUAAAGAACUGUUUAAGUUUAAAUGAGAGACUCUGAAAGUUUGUUUUGUAGAAGUAAAAUAAAAACCUGCAGAUAUAUGAAUCACUAAAAUACUUUUCCGAUCGCUCCGUUGAUGAACAAGUACGAACAAACCGACGCCAGCUGAGGCCGAAACGUCUCACCGUCGUGGACGGAGACGGGCGGCUGCGAUUGGUCGAGAGGGGGUGCGACCAGCGACGGUUUGCCGCAGAUUCGAGACCUCAGCGUGGCGUUUAGGAGUCGUCGUCCUCCUCCGUGGCGUCAUCGAGGGAGUUGGGGCUCAGGUACUCGAAGGCCUUCUGGCUCUGAGAGACGAACUGUUUGAGCGGAGCGAGGAGCAGCUCGGUGGCGGAUGGCCGGCGGUGGACGACACUGCCGACGUCGGAAGGGAUCUUGAGGUCCUCCUCCGCCUCCGGGGCCAGGAGGUCCUUCACGCUGGAGCGGCGGCGACCGUU